AUGCCUCCGACGGUCGGCCCAAUCAUCUCUGCUAACAUUCAUGGGGAACUCAGGAUCCCGCCCGUGGUCUCCAAGGGCUACCAAGCCAAGGGAGAGUACAAGACCAUUAAUGGCCUGAAGACCUAUGUUACAGGUCCAGAGUCGGCCUCGAAAGCGAUCCUGGUUAUUUACGACAUCUUCGGCUUUUUUGACCAGACGAUCCAGGGUGCCGACAUCCUGUCGACUUCCAAUGACCAAAAAUACCGAGUGUUCAUGCCCGACUUCUUCGAGGGCAGCCCCGCCGACAUCUCGUGGUACCCGCCCACCACGGACGAGCACAAGCAAAAACUGGGCAACUUCUUCCAGUCCAAGGCUGCUCCCCCCAACACCCUCUCGAAGAUCCCCAAUAUCGUGGCCGAGGCCAACAAGCUGGCGUCCGGCGGCAGCUUCCAGUCCUGGUCGAUCUUGGGCUUCUGCUGGGGCGGCAAGAUCGCCACGCUAUCGGUGGGCGCGGAGAACAAGCUUUUCAAGGCCGCCGCACAGUGCCACCCGGCUAUGGUCGACCCCAACGAUGCCAAAAACGUGAACGUGCCGCUGGCGACUCUUGCCUCUAAGGACGAGCCGGCCCAGGAUGUCGAGGCGUUCAAAACGAACCUGCAGGUCCCCAACCACGUUGAGACCUUUUCCACUCAGAUCCACGGCUGGAUGGCUGCUCGGUCGGAUCUGGAGGACGCGGAGGUGCGCAAGGAGUACGAGCGCGGAUACAAGACCGUUCUGGAGUUCUUCCACCAGCACGCGUAA